GAGAUGAGCCUUACGUGCGUGUGUGAGUAUCACGACUAUGAAUGAUUAUACUAAGUGCGUAACUAAUCGCUAAAUGGCAAUGAAACCAUAAAACAUUCCAAAUGCUGAAGUAAAAAAAUUGAUCGUCAGUCAUAUUCGCGUAUCUCACAAAACAACACUGCACAACUUGGACACGGAAACACGAAAAUAUGGUAUUGUCGCAACUGGCACUGGCAGUCUUAACUAUAAUUGAGCUGCGAACGGUUUCCGCUGGCGUCCCACUGCAACGAUAUGAGGCAUUGUUGAAGCAACAAUCUGCCCCCGUUGACGAGUCAUUGGGUUUAUAUGACAAUAAUGAUCAGGUGGUUAAGAUGACAGUGUCCAAUUUUAAUGAAACAGUGCUGGAGCAAUCACGCGGAUCUCUUGUAGAGUUUUACAACACGUAUUGUGGCCAUUGCCGUCGCUUUGCUCCCACCUACAAGGAGGUGGCCCAGGAAUUGCAUGCGUGGCGCGAAGUGGUCAUUGUGGCUGCCAUAGAUUGUGCAGCCGAGGAGAAUAAUGGCAUUUGCCGGGCCUACGAGGUAAUGGGCUAUCCUACUUUACGAUAUAUGGGUCCCGGAUUUCAGCCAGCUGCCAAACAUUACGGUCAGGAUUUGAGUUCACUGAAUGUAAAAGAAAUACGCAGUUUACUGGCUCUUCUUGUGGCUGCCGAGAAUCCCAAGAACAUAACAAACACAUAUUGGCCAAACUUCAAUUAUGUUUCGGAGAAUGACUCCAAGGUCUCUCUUUUUGAAGGCUCCCAUAGUCAGAAAGAAUAUGUGGCUUUGAUUCAUGAACCAGAAAACUCCACAUUGGCCAUUGAAACGGCUUUGUACCUCACUCGGUGGCCCUCGGUAGAAGUUAGACGCAUCUCUGAUACUUCGGUGGCUAACAAAUUUCAACUCGACAGCUCGAAGAGAAGGCAAUUGGCUUUAAUGAAUCGUCAGGGUCAGGUGCAGAUCCUUACAGCCACAGAUGAUACAAGUGUGGGCUUUAAAAAUGCCAUUGAGACGGCCCUUACCAAGGAACAUUUUACUCCGCGUCCUGAAAAGUCUGUUGAGCCCAUUAAACCGGCCGUUGUUCCACCUUCUCCUUACACUGAAGAGAUGAAAUUAACGCUGGAUGAAGUAAAACGUAACAAGCAUUUUGUUUACCAAGCCGAUCUGGAGCAAGCCAUUCGGACCAUUCUGCACAAUGAGGUUCCCAAAGUCAAUGAUAUUGGAAAUGAUCGUCUUUUAGCGCUUCAGCGUUUCCUCACAGUCCUUAAUCGUUAUAAUCCUUUGGGUUUUAAUGGGCGGCAAUUAAUUGGGCAAUUAAAGGAUUAUGUUGUGCAAUUUAAUCAGCAACAAUUGACAGGUAAACAAUUCGAAAUGGAAGUCCAGCGACUUGAAACACUCUAUGGUCCCAUAUAUUCGUCCACUCAUUUUGUGGGAUGCAUCGGCUCGAGUCCCCAUCUACGUGGCUUUAGUUGCUCUUUGUGGACGCUCUUCCACUUCAUGACUGUCCAGGCUUCCCAAAAUGAUGACACAUCUGAUCCCUUGGAGGUUCUGCAGGCCAUGCAUGGUUAUAUUAAAAACUUUUUCGGUUGCACGGAUUGUGCCGAUCAUUUUCAGGCAAUGGCGUCACGUCGUAAAAUCUGGAGUGUACCAAAUAAAGAUGAGGCUAUUCUCUGGUUAUGGGCUGCCCACAAUGAAGUUAAUCAACGUUUGGCUGGUGAUGCUACCGAAGAUCCACAAUAUCCCAAAAUACAAUAUCCUAGCACGUCCAGCUGUGUCCAGUGCUACCGUAAUGGAGCCGAUCAACCGGUAGUCGAGCAUUUAGCAAUAAAUUGGAACAAAGACGCUGUCUUGGGCUUCCUUAAAAACAUUUACAAUCCGGAAUUUGUAAGUCGUUUUGGCGUGCAGAAGGAACUACUUCUACCCGCCACAGCCGAGCAAUUGCGUGAGAAACGGCAGAUAGCAAAUGUCUUUUCCGAUAUGGAUAUGAGGAUGGGAAUGCUUUUGUAUGCCUUUUGCAUUGUAAUGAUGGUUCUGGCCUUUAAACUCUUUGCCUUUAAAGGUGGUUAUCGGAAGAAACCGUAUGGACAUGAUAUGUUAGGCAAGGUAUGAGUUGCAUUCCAUUUUCCUGAUCUCACGCCUCUUUUUACAAAAGUCUUAAUUUUAUAAGCAAAAGAGACAACGGACAUCUACCAUUAAAACAUUUUUACCAUCCCUGCCGCUAAUAUAUUUAAUAUCAAAAAGUGUAUAUAAUUAUCAAAUUAAUAUUAAUAAUCAACAAAACUUCCUUUUAUACAAAUGCUGUGGGAUAUAUGUACCUAUGUAAACGCCUCCGUUUAUAUAGGAAAAUGAAAUUUUUGACGGUUUAAAAUACGUUUUUUUAAAGAAAUUAACUCUUUCUGAAAAAUUAUUAAUGGGCCAACAAAGUUUUGUAUAUAAGUGUAAAGUGAGGCAUUUUCCGUUUGUUUGAUUGUUCAAAUAAAAUCAAGUGGUCUAAAAUUGUUUUACAAGCUUCCAUAUGCAUGUUAAA